AUGAGUAUCACUCCCUCUUCACAUUCACUCGCUCUCAGUGAUGGACUACAAGGCAAGAAUGUGGGAAGCGAAGGCGGUAUGGCCGAAGCCGCGUCCAACGACGGCCAAGAAGGCUUAUCCAAACCUGAAAUUAUGGAAAUCGAUGAGGCGGGAGGAUCUGGCUCCGCUCUCAUGAUGACCGUAGAGGACCGCCGAAGGAGUUUUUUUGUUCCGCAAUUCGAGGCCGAUGAGGAAGUAGAUGAUGAUAUUAGUUCACGAAGUUCUGGCAGUUCUACUCCUCUGGCAGAGCUCAGCCCCCGCAGAGGGAAAAGAUUGCGCUGGAAAACCAAGUUAAUGGGUCAAAUUGAAAAAUUUCCAACCCGUAUCAUCAGUCCAAGGAUCCAGGGCUUCUUAGCAAGUUUUACGAGCUUCAGUCAUGAUGGAGCCUUUUUUGAUUGUCCCUUGAAGCGCCUCCCCAGCUUCUCUAGGCUCGGCAAGAUGAGCAAGGAGCAAGUCGAUCAAGAGAUCGAUAUGAUUCUCGACAGGGUGUUUGCGAGCAAGCGUCGAGUCAGGAAAUACUCACAAGUCAUCGAAGAUUAUGAUCAAGCGUCCAUCAAACAGAGAUUCAAAGAAACCUUGGAUCAACUCCGACUGUUUACUGAGCAGGCCGCUGCUAUAGAAGAUCGUGUGCGCACACGCAGCCAGCAAAUUCUUAGCAACCUUCGGGCGAUUCUAGUUAUUGAUCCGGCUUCUUCAAAGACAGGGACAGAUCCCUUAGUGAGAUUAUUCAAACAGCUGAGCAAGUAUCAGUAUGAAAAACUGUUGGUUGAUCGAGGGGUGAUCCAAACCUACCUGGCCGAGGAAAGCCCAUAUCUGGUGGAUUUGUUCGGGUUUUUCGGACCCAGGGAUGUGAUUCUGCCGAUGAUCAAGGCUGAAGUUGAGCAACAGGUGCGAUCGGGGAGGUGGGUGUUCCCGGGGAGACCUACCAUAUCAGUUGAUACUUUUUUCAGGAAGCUUGAGGUUCUCCAGCGGAAAUUAGCCGAAUUGGUGGCUUUUGAUCAUCAGGUGAACCUAGCGAUGGUCGACACCUUCAGGGCUUGUCCGGGAUAUCCUAAGUGGCUAGUGAAUACAAUUCAAGUACUUGGAAGGGACCUGGUUACUAGUUUCAGUAGUCUCGAGGAGCUUGACAGCAUCCUGAUUGCCAUUGAGAACAUGGAUGUUUACCAGGGGUUUAUGAAUGAGCUAAGGGGUGGGCACAUUUUCAAUCCAGCGAAGCAGAUGGUUUUACCUUGA